CCACGUGUAAGGUAGCCGGCUUUGCCGCUUGCCGGCGCUACUCGUUAUUUUCAAAAACUUAAAUACGGUCACCUCAAUUGAGCAAAUCCACGUGCUCGGGGGUUCGCGUCGCGUUUGCUACCAAUCGGCUAGCCUAAUACGCCGCUCAACACUAGUUUGCCCUCUCUUCCAUUCCAUGGCGGCGAAAGACAUCUCCGGUUUGCCUUCCGAACGUACGGACGGUUUCUCAUACUACCGUGACCACGACAUCCAUAUGGAUACCGCCAAGGGGUUACCCAUAUCAGGGUUUGAUAUCCAUAUGAACACGGCGAAAGGGCUGACUUUUUCAAAUGACAUCAACAUGCAAACCGCAAAAGGAACCUCGACCAUCAAGCAGCCCGGACUUCAGUUGUGGGAGAGGGAGCUGCUCGAUACGGCAGAGGUCAAACGCAAGGCCACCGUCGCCCAGUUAUAUUUCCUCGAUUAUUACUUCCAGACGCUAGGGUACCUUGCUGCCCGCAAAGAACGGCGAGUCAAGUUCGACGAGGACACCAAGGCCCGCGAUCUCAAGCCCUCCGAGUAUUCCAAAGAGUUCAAGAGCUACUGUGGGCGUGAACGCGUCCUUCUCCGCAGGCGGCGUACCAAGCUCCGCGUCGACCAAUUCCAUAUCAUCGCCCAGGUGGGCCAAGGUGGAUAUGGAGAGGUGUUUCUCGCCAGGAAGCAGGAGACAGGGGAGGUCUGUGCUCUGAAAAAGAUGAAAAAGAAGACGUUGUUCAAGAUGGAUGAGAUCCGUCAUGUUCUCGUUGAACGCGAUAUCUUGACCGCAACCAAGACGCCUUGGCUCGUCAAGCUCCUCUACGCCUUCCAAGACCCCCAAUAUGUCUAUCUCGCCAUGGAGUACGUCCCUGGAGGCGACUUUCGUACUCUUCUCAACAACUCAGGCGUCCUCAAAGAAGAACACGCGCGAUUUUACAUCAGCGAGAUGUUCGCCGGCGUCAACGAGCUCCAUAAACUUGGGUAUAUUCAUAGAGACCUAAAACCCGAGAACUUCCUCGUCGAUGGCACAGGACAUGUCAAACUGACAGACUUUGGAUUGGCCACCGGCGCACUGAACCCCCGACGAAUUGAGUCUCUCAAAGCUAAGCUCGACAAAGUCAAAGAUAACGAAAUCAUCCAUAGAUCAACUCUAGAACGCCGCUCUAUUUAUCGCUCUAUCCGUAAUGAGGACCCUCGUUAUGCUGACUCCAUAGUUGGAUCGCCCGAUUACAUGGCUCCUGAGGUUUUACGCGGCAAACCCUACACAUUCUCUGUUGACUACUGGUCGCUAGGCUGCAUACUGUUCGAAUUCCUCGCCGGUUUCCCCCCCUUUAGCGGCAGCAACCCUGAAGAAACAUGGACAAAUCUCAAGAACUGGACAAAAGUCCUUCGAAGGCCCGAGUAUGACAAGCCUGAGGACCUGGUGUUCAACUUGACGGACACGGCUUGGGAUGCGGUAACUAGAUUACUCUCUCACGCAAGCGUCCGAUACGCCACCCUGCCGCAAGUUUCCGCUCACCCCUUCUUCGAUGGUAUCAAAUGGGAUGACCUGCGUUCUGUCACUGCCCCAUUUGUACCUGCUCUUGACUCUGAGAUCGAUACUGGCUACUACGACGAUUUCACCUCUUUGGAAGACAUGGCGAAGUAUGCUGAGGUCCGCGAGAAGCAGAGGAACGUCGAUCAAGUGAAGGAGAAAGAUGAAGGAUUCGGGAGGGGAGUAUGGGUUGGGUUUACUUUUGGAAAGAAUGGGCCUGGGGCCGGUGGGAAAAUGGGUGGUCUGGGAGGUGGAAAGUAUGACGAUGGUGCCUUGGCGACUAUUUUCUGAGUAGAUACCCUGAAUGAGAAGUAAUUGCGUGUACAUCGUCUGUUAAUAGCAUCUGGUUUGGAAC